AUGCCCACCUGGCAAGAAAAAACCGAAAUCAAACGACUCGCCGCCGCGUCGAAAAUCCCCUCCGAAUGGCGUCUCCCUGACUCCACCCUCUCCGCACUUAGCACGGACUCCAACGUCCUCGACAUCCCACGCACCAGCGGGUUAUUGUCCCCGCGGGAACUAACCAUCACCGAGACAGAAGAUGCCACCAUUUUACUCUCGAAGCUCACCGCGCGGGAAUACACUGCCGUAGAAGUGACUACAGCAUUCAGUAAACGGGCCGCGAUCGCCCAACAGCUCGUCUGCUGUCUCACGGAGACAUUUUUCGACGAAGCGCUCGAACGAGCCCGUUUUCUCGACGACCAUCUCGCCCGCACAGGCAAGACCGUGGGCCCACUGCACGGGCUACCUAUUAGUCUGAAAGACUCGUUCAAUGUGAUCGGUCAACAUACCACGUUAGGGUUUGUUUCGUUUCUCGAGAACCCGCCACAGAGUCGGAACUCGGCCGUCGUGGAGAUCUUGCUGGCAGCAGGGGCGGUGCUUUACGUGAAGACGAACAUCCCGCAGACGAUGAUGACCGCGGACUCACAUAACAAUGUAUUUGGGCGGGUGCUGAAUCCGCAUCAUAGGAAUCUGACGGCGGGGGGCAGUACCGGCGGCGAAGGGGCGUUGGUGGCGAUGAGGGGGUCCAUUCUAGGCGUGGGCACCGAUGUGGCGGGCUCGAUUCGCAUCCCGGCGCUGUGCUGCGGGCUGGUGGGCUUUAAGCCGAGUGUCGGGAGGGUGCCGUAUGGGGGGCAGACCUCCCCGGGGAGGCCCGGGUUGGCAGGCGUCGCGCCCGUGGCGGGUCCCUUGUGUCAUUCGGUUCGCGAUGCUGAGAUGCUGCUGCGUGUUAUCACGGAGGGACACCCGGAGGAUCUCGAUGAUAUUGCUCUUCCGAUCCCCUGGCGUGCGUUGCCUGACCGAUCCGAACCAUUGACGAUCGGUCUGCUCCAUGAGGACCAGGCAUAUCCGCUUCAUCCGUCCAUGCAUCGCGCUUUGACGCAGGCAGCGGCGAAGCUGGCCGCAGCAGGACACACCAUCAUCGACCUGUCCGGAAAGACGCCCUCGCUGGUGGACAUCGCGCGCCUGACUUUCCAGUAUUUCGGCAUGGACCCUGACAAGACCCUCUUCUCGCAUAUCCUGCGCGGUGAGGAGCCGUUCAUUCCGUCGCUCGCGGUGAUAGGGACGGGUGGGGGAGUGGAAAUGCCGGAGCCCACGUUGCGCAAUCUUUAUGAUAUGAACACGAAGCGGAUCGAGCUGGCAGAGGCGAUGAGAACGGCCUACGUGGAGACUAAGGUGGACGUUAUCCUGACUCCCGGGUUUCAGAGCUGUGCGGUGCCGCAUGAUACGUACGAUAACGGACUAUAUACGACGAUGGCGAAUUUGUUGGAUUAUCCCGCAUGCAUACUUCCUUUUGGCCAAGCUGAUGAAAAGGCUGAUGCGCCGUUCGUCAGGGAUAUCGAUUACAAGCCACCUUAUAAACCAGCAGAUAUCGAAGGCGCCCCUUGCCACGUCCAGAUUGUCGGGCGGCGAUUAUUGGAUGAGAAACUUGCGCAGAAUGUUCGACAAAUUGAGCAGAUCUUGAAGGCUUAG